AUGAAUAUAAAAAUCGAAACCGAGCUGAGAAUAAAAAAACCAUUAAAAAAAAACCACAACCGAACCAAACAAAUCGAUUAACUAAAAUUUUGGCUCGGUUUGGAUCGAAUUUUUGGAUUAGAUCAAUUUUCAAAUAUUUUUGAAUAGCUCUACCAAAGGGAACCCGUUUUAGUUGUUCAUAUGAAUGCUUCCACUGGGAACCUACCAGUGUUAAGACAGCACACCUCUACGGAGCGGAGACUCGUUUCUUUCGAUACGAAGUUUGAAUUGAAGUCAUCUCCGAUCAGUUCAGUCUACAAUAUGGAUCCAGAAACAGCCCUAGGUCUUGUCAAGCACGGCGCCACUCUUCUCUUGCUCGAUGUCCCGCAGUACACCCAUUUCGGCAUUGACACACAGAUGUUUUCUGUUGGGCCAAAUUUUAUGGGUAUAAAGAUGAUUCCUCCUGGUCCUCAUUUUGUAUAUUAUAGCUCAUCGAGCAGAGAUGGCAAUGAAUUCUCCCCUGUUAUUGGUUUCUUUGUUGAUGCUUGUUCAUCUGAGGUAAUUGUUCGUAAAUGGGAUCAAGAGGAGGAACGGUUAGUCAAGCUAUCCGAUGAGGAGGAUGAGAGGUAUUGUAAAGCUGCAAAAAAUUUGGAGUUUGACAGACAUCUUGGUCCUUAUGCACUGAGCCAGUACGGAGAGUGGAAACAUUUAUCUGCCUAUAUUACAAAAGCAACCAUUGAAAAGAUUGAACCCAUUGGAGGAGAAAUUACGGUUAUGAGUGAAUCUGCGAUAAUUGAAAACAUUCCUAAAAGAAGCACAGAGAGAGCUUUAGAUCAGCAGCUGAAGAAUAACAAGUUCUCAAUGUCUCUUGACCAGACUGGGAGGAAAGGAUGUUAUUACUCGCAGAUUCCCCGUGUUGUAAAGCGCAAAGGAAUUCCUGGUCAGGAACUUACUUCAUUGAAUCUUGACAAGACUGUAUUAUUAGAAAACAUAUUGAUGCAAAAUUAUGGUGGUGUUGAAGAACUACUUCUUGGGGAGCUGCAAUUUGCAUUUAUAGCAUUUCUGAUGGGGCAGUCCCUUGAAGCAUAUCUACAGUGGAAAUCUUUAGUUAGCCUUUUGUUUGGCUGUACAGAAGCUCCUUUACAUACAAGGAGCCAUCUAUUCACCAAGUUUAUCAGAGUAAUCUACUACCAGCUGAAGUAUGGACUUCAAAAUGACCGGACCGACACUAGUGUUGCUGGGAGGGGGACAUCAAUUUUAGAUGAAUCCUGGCUAUCUGCUGAUUGCUUUUUGCAUCACCUUUGCAAGGAUUUCUUUUCAAUGGUGCUAGAGGCUUCAGGAGUUGAUGGUGACCUUCUGUCAUGGACGAGGAAACUUAGAGAACUGCUUGAGAAUGCUUUAGGAUGGGAUUUCCAGCAGAGCAGUGCAGUAGAUGGAAUGUACUGUGCAGGAGAUGAUGAGUAUGCUCCUGUAGUUGAGAUGUUGGAUGACCAGUGUGUUAAUGAAGCCCCAGGUGCGUAGGCAUUUUGGUAUAAAUCCAUUAUCGGUGCUCGACAAAUAUCAGAAGGAUCCUUACAUGAAAUCCCAAGCUUCUGGCUAAUUAAUCUAAAUUGUCUGCCAUCUUCUGCCGUUUAACUGGAAGAGGUAUUAGGCUAUUAGGCUAGUUUUCACUUAAGAUAUCGUAAUUUUGUAGAGCCAUUUUAUCACCAUUAGUAGGGAAGAUGUUUUAAAUGUUUCAUAUGUAAUAAUGCACGUCUCAGUGUCUCCUAAGUUUCAGUGUAUUUUUUUUUAAUUAAAAAUAAAUAAAUAAACUAGGUUGUCUUUGUUAGAAUGGAAAAUAAAUGAGUGCUUUGCUAGAAUAAUGGCAUCCAACCAUUUCUAGAGAGCCAAUUUUUCUCA